AUGCAGGCACCACAGGAUACAGACAACCUUACCUGCCAGCCCUGGUACCACGGUCAGCUGUCUCGACAGGAAGCUGAAACCCUCCUACUACAAGAUGGCGACUUCCUUGUUCGUGCCUCGGAGUCCCGAGGGAGCCACCCUGUGAUCUCCUGCUGCUGGCGAGGCAAGAUCCUACAUUUUGAGGUGUUCCGAGUGGUGCUGCGGCCUAGGCCUGGUCGCCCGCAAGCCCUCUUUCAGCUAGAAGAUGAAAGGUUUCCCAGUAUGUCUGCCCUGGUCCACAGUUAUGUGACCCGCAGGCGACCGCUGUCCCAGGCUACAGGAGCUGUGGCCUCCCAGCCUGUGAGACGUCAGAGGCCGCUGACUCGCAGCUUCAGUGAGGACGUGCUCACCGACAUCCCGGCUGCCCCCUGGCCUCUCAGGCCUAGGAAGUGGAGUUCCAGCCAGCCUGCAGGGUUAGACCAUUCAGGAAGGGGAAAACGUGAUGAUACAGCAGCCGUAUCUUCCCUUGUCCCAGGAGUACCCCCUGCUUUUGGAUCUGCCCUGCACCGGACAGGCAGCGAACCCACGUUGCUGAAGGCCCUGCCUCACCUGGGAACUAUGGCAGACAGUCUCACGGCCUCUGACGGACAGCUUCACACAAAAGCUCGCUCCGUGCCCCUCCGGACGCCCUCCUUGGCCUCUGGACAUCCCCCAACAUACUGUGAACUUCUCCCCCGAGUACCCAGUGCUCAGAGAACGACUCCCAGACCGAGCUGUCAGGAGCCAGCGGUCUGGUGGUGGGAAGCAGAGGAAGACGAGGAAGAAGACAGAUGCUUUAUAAGACCACAAGCUGAGGUCUCAUUUUGCAUCCCUGGCCACCCCUCCGGCCUGCUGGGUCCCCAGAACAGACCCUUGGACCCUGCAGUUCUGUGCACCCUCCGAAGCUUGCUGGUGGCACACCAUCCUGAGAGUACUGCUCUGCACCUGCUGUUGGUGGACUGCCAGGCUAUAGGCCUGCUGGGGGUGACCAAGAGUCAGAAAAGUGCCAUGGGCGUCGCCUCUGGUCUAGAACUACUCACACUUCCUCACGGUCACCGCCUGAGGUUGGAGGUGCUAGAGAGGAUUGAGACCCUGGCACUGGCUGGGGCCCUGGCUGUGCUGGGUUGCUCGGGGCCCCUAGAGGAGCGCGCAGUCGCUCUGAAAGGCCUGGUGGAUCUAGCGUUGGCGCUGAGGCCCGGAGCGACAGGGGACCUGCUGGGACUGGCUGGGGUCAUGGGCGCCCUGCUCAUGCCCCAGGUAUCCAGGUUAGAGAGCACUUGGCGUCAUCUACGAAGGAACCACACGGAGGCCGCGCUGGUCUUUGAACAAGAGCUAAAGCCUCUGAUGCGGGCUCUGGAUGAAAGUACAGGACCCUGCAACCCAGGAGAGGUGGCCCUGCCACACGUGGCACCAUUAGUACGCCUGCUGGAGGGCGAGGAGACCUCUGGGCCGCUGGACGAGUCCUGUGACCGGCUGUUGCGCACUCUGCUCGGGGCGCGACAGGUGGCCCGCGAUGCGCCUCUGUUCCGCAGGGCGGCAGCCCAGCGCCUGCAAGGAUUCAGGCCUAACCCAGAACUCUGGGAGGCGCUGACCACCGGUUUCCUGCGCCGCUUACUCUGGGGGAGCAAGGGAGCCCAGGCCACCAGAGCCAACCGCCUGGAGAAGUUCCAUCAUGUCCUCAGCAUCCUGUCCCAACAACUAGAGCCUGCGGGCUGA